AUGGCAAGAGCAAGGAACAUCACUAUGAACCCGCUACCAUUCUUUCCCUACUUGCUUUCACUUUCUCCGUUGGCUUCUCUCAUAUCAUCCCCCAAGAAGAUCAACCCAAGAAACCACAAGCUAUGCACACCCUCAAACCUCUCUGUCUUCUUUCUUUCUCUCCUGUUUUCCUUCACUUUCUUGGGAAUCUCCAUUCUCGGCUUCAUGCCAACUUCCCAAGACUCAUCCUCAUGUCCUCUCAUCUCUCCCCCAUCACCAUUUUCAUCUUCUUCUUCUUCUUUGUCGUCUGCCGCUCACUCUCCGCUUACCUCGGCGUCGCUUUCUUUGAUGGUAUCGGACAAUGAGGACGAGCCAAGACUGUCAGACAGUGUGAUGGUGCCAUUACCGGCUCAUGGGGUUGUUGGGCAUGUUUCUGAGGAGGAGAGAGAGUUCUGGCAGCAACCAGAUGGGUUGGGGUUCAGGCCAUGCUUGGAUUUCAGUAUUGGGUAUCGGAAAGCGUCAGCGCAGAUUUCAAAGGAGAAGAGGAGGUUCUUGGUGGUGGUGGCUUCAGGGGGUUUGAACCAGCAGAGAAAUGAGAUUGUUGAUGCGGUUGUUAUUGCAAGAAUUCUUGAAGCUGCAUUAGUUGUGCCAGUCUUGCAGGUUAAUCUGAUUUGGGGAGAUGAGAGUGAAUUUUCGGAUAUAUUUGACGUGAAACAUUUCAAGAGAAUUUUACAAGCGGAUGUGAGAGUUGUAUCAUCCCUUCCUUCAACGCAUUUGAUGUCAAGACAGUCGACUGAAACAAAGAUUCCUCAUGAUGUUUCUCCGCUUUGGAUCCGUAGCAGAUUCUUUAACCAACUGAAUGAAGAUGGUGUUCUUGUGUUAAAAGGGUUAGAUUCUAAACUCUCCAAGAAUCUUCCUCCAGAUCUGCAGAAGCUUCGAUGUAAGGUAGCGUUCCAUGCAUUAAGAUAUGCAGCACCGAUUAGGGAGCUCGGAAAUCGGCUUGCAAGAAGAAUGUGGAUUGAAGGCCCUUACAUUGCACUCCAUCUCCGGCUAGAGAAGGAUGUGUGGGUCAGAACUGGAUGCCCCACUGGUUUAGGCGCAGAAUAUGAUGAUAUUAUCACCAAGCUUCGGGAGUCUCAUCCUGAUUACCUAACAGGAAGGUUAAACAUGACCUCCGGUCAGAGGCGGCUUGCCGGACUAUGCCCCCUAAAUGCAUUAGAAAUGGCAAGGCUCCUGAAGGCUCUAGGAGCACCCAGAAGUGCACGGGUUUACAGCGCUGGAGGAGAGCCAUUUGGGGGCAGCCAGGCUCUGAAGCCACUUGUAGCAGAAUUUUCAAAUCUUGUAACAAAGGAGAUGUUGGCACGAGAUGGAGAACUCUCACAGUACAUUAACAAGUCAUCAGCUCUCGCUGCCAUUGACUACAUUGUCUCGCUGAGCAGCGACGUCUUUGUACCUUCCCAUGGUGGAAAUAUGGGCCGAACCAUGCAAGGUCACCGUGCCUAUGUGGGGCAUAUGAAAUAUAUAAGGCCGAACAAGCGAGCUGUGCUUCCUUUCUUCGAAGACACCUCCAUUUCCGAUACAGAAUUCAGAACCAUCAUGAGAAAGCUGCACAGCAAAUCUCAGGGCCAGCCUGAGAUGAGAACUAACAGAAGAGAUCGAGAUGUGAUUGCAUACCCUGUACCCGAGUGCAUGUGCAAACACCCUACAGGCAUAUUUUGA